AUUUCCCGGCAGCGCCGGGCGCCGAGCGGCCGCGGCCAUGGCGGAGCGGGGCCGGGGCUGGGCCCGCGCCGUGCGGGGGCUGCUGCUCGAUGUCAGCGGCGUCCUCUACGACAGCGGAGCCGGCGGCGGCGUCCCCAUCGCCGGCUCGGCCGAGGCCGUGCGCAGGAUCAAAGCCUCUGGGCUGAAGCUGCAGCUCUGCACCAACGAAACCCAGGCGACCCGGGAGAGUUUUGUGAGGAAGCUGCGGGCCAUGGGCUUCGACAUCUCGGUGGCGCAAGUGACGGCGCCGGCGCCGGCCGCCUGCCGCCUCCUGAGGGAGCGGGGCCUGAGGCCACACCUGCUGGUGCACAACGAUCUUAUCCCUGAAUUUGCUGAGAUUGAUAAGACAAACCCAAACUGUGUGGUUCUUGGAGAUGCAGCAGAGAACUUCACCUAUGCAAACCUUAAUGAGGCUUUCCGACUUCUGAUUGGGAUGGAGAAGCCUGUUUUGAUCUCCCUUGGAAAAGGACGCUACUAUAAAGAAACUGAUGGGCUGAAACUUGAUGUUGGAGCAUAUAUGAAGGCAUUGGAGUAUGCUUGUGAUAUCCAGGCUGAGGUGGUGGGGAAACCAGCAAAAAGGUUUUUUGAGUCAGCCCUGGCAGAGCUGGGAGUUCCACCAGAGCAGGCCAUCAUGAUCGGGGAUGACAUCGUGAAUGAUGUCGGGGGAGCCCAGCAGUGCGGGAUGAGAGCGCUGCAGGUGCGGACGGGCAAGUACAGGCCGUCCGAUGAAAACCACCCCGAGGUGAAGCCCGAUGCCUACGUGAACAACCUGGCUGAGGCUGUGGACAUCAUCCUCCAGGAGCUGUAAAUCCCAGCAGGAGCAGGGAUGAACCCUCACGUGCAGCCCCUCCAUGGAACCAUUUCAUCCUCUCCCACCUCCAUGUCACCUGAAUGAACCCAGCCCAGCCUUGUCCAGGGUGGUGGGCACCCGCCUUCCGAAAUAUUUCACAUAAUGGUACUAAAAUGAUCUACUGACCUCCCAUCCAAGGGAACACCAAACCUGCUGUCCUCUGGCAAGUCUUGAAUGUCCUGCCCUUGGUGCCUGUGAGGGGCCUCAGCCUCCUCUGGGUGAUGCUGGGGGGCUGUUUCCCCUUUACAUCUUUGCUCACCUGGGGAGGUGGGAAACAGGGAACCCGGGCACCCCCUCAUGAAUGGAUUUACCUGUUUAACCCCCAUGUCCUGUGCCUUUUGGGGUGCCUGAGUGGGAUGGGGGAUGUCCUUGGGGGCUGAUGGAGGCCACCAAGCUCCUGUGUGUGCCUCAGGUGGCACAAAAGCCCUGGGGAGGGGACAGCCCCACGUGCCUUGGCAAGGCAGGAGCUGUGGUUCUGCCAGGAUCAGCCUGUCUGGAGCAGCCCCAGGAGAGGGCACAGGAAUCAGUAACACGUUAGGGAGUAACUGCACCAUCCUGUCAGGAAUAAACCCUGUCCUUUGGAUCUG